AUGCUUACAAAACCGUCAUACUCUGAACGAAGCAAAAAAAGAUAUGCGAUGCCGUAUGAAGAUAGAGUGGAUAUGCUCUCUUUUUUUAUUCAUCCUUCGUUCUGUAUCUUAAUAGCGCCUCUUUUUCAUGAUGUCGGGGCUCUCUAUAAUGGAAGAGAACUCUUUGAAAAUAAGCUAGAAAAGGUGAAGCAGACGGGAUUAAAAUGGAAGCAUUAA